AUGGGAAACAGGAACCCGAACGUCAUGCGAGAUCCUCAAAAUUCCUGUCUUCUCGGACCACCAACCACCAUCAUCAGACACAGCGCAAUCACAAGCUGCUCACAUUCGUCCUUUUACCGGCUUCUCCAACAGUCUACUGAAAUCAAGCUCCACCGUCCAAGUCCUUAUCCCACAACAACUCCCGCACCUAUUCCCCUCGAUGACUCCGUAAUGAGCCAGGAUGACUCUUCGCCCGCAGAGCCCACAGCUGCUGGUGCUGCUGCUCCUUCAGACCUCCGCUACGUGCGCUACGAUGGAUCCCGCGAAAGUGAAUUUGUAUCCGCAAUGAGACAGCUUAUUUCCAAAGAUCUUUCGGAACCGUACAGCAUCUACGUUUACCGCUACUUCCUCUAUCAAUGGGGGGAUCUGUGCUUCAUGGCCAUGGACGAUACAAAGGAGAAAGACUUCAUGGUAGGCGUGGUAGUUUCGAAACUCGAACCACACCGGGGCGGCCCGCUGAGGGGGUAUAUUGCCAUGCUGGCUGUGCGGGAGGAGUACCGCGGGCGAGGGAUAGCUACCAAGUUGGUGCGGAUGGCGAUUGAUGCGAUGAUAGAACGGGAUGCCGAUGAGAUUGUCCUAGAGACGGAGAUUACAAACACAGCGGCCAUCAAGCUGUAUGAGCGCCUGGGCUUUUUGAGGAGUAAACGGCUGCAUCGGUAUUACUUGAAUGGCAAUUCUGCCUACCGGCUGGUGUUAUACCUCAAAGAAGGGGUAGGGUCCAUCCGAACGAGCAUGGAUCCGUACGGAGCUCAGGUUCCUCCUCCUGCUCCGGCUCUGCUCCAUGAGAACGGCCGUGGGUGA